AUGACCGACUAUUAUGAGUCAUCCGACAUCACAAGAGUCGUGCGCAUAGCCCAUGGCACCAACCGCGGCCUGUUCUUUGGAUUUGGGGCCAUUGUCAAGUUUGGAGAAAUCCUUGAUGACCUGAAACCGUCCUGUGUUGGCUUUGUUAGCUCUCCGACAGCGUACCAGAAGUGUGGCCUUUGGGACACUAUCACUAAAGCUCUUGCUGAGCGUGGGAUAGAGUACCUGCACUACAACGGUAUCAGCACCAACCCAACCGUGGAGCAAAUUGACGAGGCUGUAGACCUCUUUCGAGCGAAGUAUGGCCCGGGCUUUCUUGUGUGCGGAAUUGGGGGCGGAUCCCCAUGCGAUUCUGCGAAGGCGGUGUCUAUUCUUCUUGAGUACUCUAAUAACAAAGCUCGAGAGCUUUAUAAGGGUGAGUUCGAGCCUAAGUGCCGCUCCAAGCUUGUUCUGGUCAACCUAACUCACGGAACUGGGACGGAGUGUGACCGUUACUCCGUGGCGUCCAUCCUCACGGGAGAGCUUUAUCCGAUCAAGUCAGGGAUCGGCUUUGAGUUCCUCUAUCCCGAUUACUCAAUAGACGAUAUUAAUGGCCUCUUUAGUCUUAGCCCUGACAUGGUGCGCUUCACAACGAUUGACGCCCUCAACCACGUGAUGGAGGCAUCCACAACCACGAUAAUGACCCCCUAUGUAUGCACUUUGACACGAGAAGCCGUUUACCUUAUCGUUCGCUACUUACCUAUAGCGUUAGCAGAACCAGACAAUCUUCGCGCCCGCUAUUGGCUCAGCUAUGCUGCUGCAAUUGCUGGUAUGGCCAUAGACGAAAGCGGCUGCCACCUGACGCACCUUAUGGAGCACACCCUGUCUGCGUACAGGCCAAGGCUUGCACACGGUCGAGGUCUGGCACUCCUCCAGCCGGCGGUCCUCAAGCACAUCUGGCCGAAGGUCUGUGGCUACCUGAACGACCUCUUUAGGCCGAUCCUGGGGAACCUCAAAGGAACACCCGACGAAGCAGAGCAGGCCUUCAGGCGCAUGCGUGCCUUCCACAACAAGGUCGGCUUUUCGGGGACGUUAACAGAUGAAGGCUUUAAUCUCGAAGACGUUGACACUCUCACAGACGCUACUCUUGCAUACUACGGAGCCAAGGCCACUCUCUCAAUAACUCCUGUUCCGACGUCGCGUUCCGACCUCCAACGCAUCUUUGCUGAAAGCUUCUAUAGGAUGUAG